AUGCCUUACAAACCGAUUCAGAAUUUGAUCCACAAGGGCGAGAAUCCCGAGGAGGUGUUUGAUCCGGCCUAUUUGAUUGCGGAUGGGGAUGACGCCCCAGCCCGUCAUCCAAUGCUCAAGCGGCUCUGGCGUCAAGGAACGGAGAGCCGUCGCUUGAUGGAAGAGAGCCAAUCUUUCAUCAUCGGUGUGACUUUCAAAAUUCACACAAAGAAUACGGUGUUGGAUUUCAAAGUUUUUAUGUAUGGCAAGUCGCUGAAUGAGUUGAAGGACUUGGUUGGCAAUGUGUGCAACCAUUACUUCACUGGGAUCAAGAAAGUCGUGCUUGAUAGAGAGUUGACUCCGUUGUUGAACUGGAAUGCAAGUGUGGGGUCCAAGAAAACGAGAUUAAUUGAUUUCAAAAGUUAUCAGGAGUUUGUCAACAAUUGGGGAAAGAGUCAAUUGUCCAAAGGCGUCAUCCAUAUCGUGCUGGAGAAACCGCAAGUUAAGGAAAAGAAAAACGCCCAGGCUAGCGGCGCGGUGGCUUUCAUCCAAGGCACCGCUGGGCCCAACGCGAUUGAAGCAGAACUCGCAGCUUCCAAGGAGGAAACAGUGGUGGCUAAAGAAGAGACUGUGCGCGACGGCUUAACAACCCGCGGAAUCUCUCCUAACACGGUUGAAUACAAGCAUGAGAUGUUCAAAAAUGUCGUUGUUCAUAAGGAUAUGAACGUUGAAGACCAAGUCAAUAAACGCUACCCUGUGGCCACCCCAAGAGCCAAACAAACUACCUCAAAGCAAAGAAACUUCUUUGCCAACACUCCUCCAGUUGAAAUGAAGAUCAAGACUGAGCCGAUCAGUCCUUCCGGUUCCAAACGCAAAUUGAAGAUGACCUCCGCCUCCAGCAAGGUAACUUCCCACAAGAAAGUAAAGAAGGAACCUGAUGCCAGUUCGGCCAUGUUGGCGUUCCAGAUUUGCCGCGCUACCAACUGCCCGGUGACUCCCCAAAAAGGCAAGAAUACUUGCAAACAUGUAUUGCUAGCCUUCUGUGAAACAGCAGUCGCAAACACAAGUUCACCGUAUGAACUUGAUGAGUUUUUGUCUUUGAGAGUCUUACGGUCAUUACCCUCCAACUUUUCAAGUGGCCGCUCAAAAUCUCGAGAAUCUCAUGUGGUUUGGUUUGCCAAUACAAUAGAUUUCAAAAGAAAAACAUGUGGUGCACCGGGCAAGGUGACUAAGCAAAGCCACACUGUUGAAUUCGAAACUUUUGAUUGCUUAAUUUCAACUACCACUGUGGCAAGAUGA